UGUGGGUAAACAGGGUAGUUUGGAUGAGAAAGGAGGGAUUCAUCAAAAUGCUCGACUUUGAUACGUCCUAAGUGCGGUCCCUGGAGAUAAUGAUCCAGAUUACCCGGUCGAGGUGUCAUCUUUAUUCACAGGAGAACAGAUAGACACUCGCCACAAGCCUAAAACUGCCGUCCUUCACUAUGGAUCACUUCAGGAAACAUUCUCUCCGUGAUGUGAAUGGUUUGUCCUCAAGACCUCAUCAUGGUGGACAUGGGCACUCAUCGAAUCACGGUCAUGAUGAACCCCGUGGCCAUUAUCAUGGUCCUGCCACUCCUACUUUUCACAGGAAUCGAGACUAUAGUCAUGAUUCUUUUGAUGAGCAAGAUCAGUAUCAGGACAACCCCCAACAGGACCAUUAUCACCAUGACAAGAAGAAGGGACAUGCAGGAAGAAAUUAUAAACUUGUUGCUGACCCUGCCAUUCAUCCAAGUUCUCAGAAAAUCUACCGGUUUGAUGGCAUACAGCCAGGGACAACCCGUGCAGUUGAAGCUGUCGAUCCAAGAUCAAGAUGGAACCGACUUUGGACCAAGCGACAAGCUGCAGAUCUUCCAGUCCCUAAGUUCAAGUAUGAUGCAAACUAUGUUGGCCAGCCUCUUCCAAAGGAGGUAACAUUCACUAACCUCAAUGAUAACAUCAACAGGAACUUCCUCGAGGACAUGUGCAAGCAGUUUGGUACCAUUGAUGAGGUCAAAAUUUAUUAUCAUCCCAAGUCAAAAAGGCAUUUAGGAGUUGGAAAGGUGGUGUUUUCAUCUACAAGAUGUGCUAAAGCUUGUGUUGAAAAGCUGAACAACACAUCAAAAAUGGGGAAGAUAAUGACAGUGUUUGUAGACACAAUGGGUAAAGCGCGUCAGAAACUGAUUGAUGAUCUUGUGGUAUCAGAUAAGCCGAUUCUCAAUCCACCUUCUCCGAGUUUUGAAAAAUCGAAGCAGGCUGUGCGGACUUUUGAAUAUGAAGAUAUGGGCAGCCAUUGCAAAACUCGAUUUUAUACUGACCCGUCUAAGGAUCGGGAAAAAGAACGAGAGAAAGCAGAAAAGGAGAUAGAAAAAGUUAGGCGACGCUCUACAGUUGAUGAAAAGAAGGAGGAAUCCGAUUCAGGUUCUAAACCAGACAAAAAACGGGACCGCUCAUUUUCUCAAUCAGAGAGAACAUUUGAGAGUAAUCCCCCGCUAAGUGCUCCACCAUUGACUCCUCAGUCAUCGUCAACCCCUGGCACACCCUUCCCUCCAACCCCUACGAACAAUUUUCAACCUGGUAGUUUUCCCUCAACGCCAUCAUCGUUUUCAUCGGGAAGUUUUGGUACGCCUAAUUACACACCGCAGAGUAAUUUUGGGACUUCACCUGCUGGAAAUAUGCAGAAUAUGCCUGCUUUCAAUUUCAACAUGCAACAGACGUUCAGUAUGGCUCAGCAACAACAGUUCCGAAUGGGCCAGCCUAAUGUGCAGCAGGGGAACCAAUUUGGACAAAAUGCUCAGCAGACAAAUCAGUUCGGACAGUAUAAUCAACAGAAUUACAACCAACCAGGGCAGUUCAUGAACAAUCAAUUCAAUAAUAUGAAUACAAUGAAUAACCAGAACCGACAAAAUUUCUCCCAGGGCAAUUUUGGCAACAAUGGUGUGCAGAAUUUUCAAGCACAAAACAUGAACUUUCAGAGAGGAAACUUUGGUAAUAACAUGCAACAAAAUUUCCAACAGCAAAGUAACUUUCAAAAUUCUCAACAAAACUUCCGCCGGGGCAGCUUUCAAAGUGACAGCCAGAACUUUCAGCAGCCACAGCCACAAGCACAAGUCCAACCGAUGCAGCAGAAGCAGCAGACACCUGCACCACAGCAACCAAAGCUGCCAGCCCCGUCGCAGCCACAAGGAAACUUUCAAAAAAGUGAGACAAGUUAUUCAGCCCCAGAGACAUCUCAACCACAGCCACCAGGUUUGCCUACUCCUAGUUUGCCGCCAUCUGCUUUGCAACCUCCUGGUAUGCAGCCUCCAGGUCUGCAGCCUCCAGGUUUGCCUGAUAAAGCUGAGAGUUUUGACAAAAGUGAUGAUUAUUCAACUGAUGAUCAAGGUACAGAUGAUCAGACUGAGAGCAAAGAAAAGAGUGAUACAAAAACAAAAAAGAGAGAUAGUUUCGAAGAAGAACGCCCAUUCAGUUUGGAAUCUAGAAUUGAGUUGUUGCUGAAACAAAGGGAGCUAGAUAGUUCAUUUGACAGUGGUGAGCCAGAGACUCCCACCACGGAAGCACCUCUGGUGCCUGCAAAUGAGUACUUCAUGGAGCCUCCCUUACCAGUGCAUGAGCAGCCACCACUUCCCGGCUCUGAUGAGGCGAUUCCUCCACUGCCACCAAUGCCUUAUGAAGGAGGAAUGGAAGAAGAUGCGAUGGAAGUGGAAAUUAUGACAGAGGGGAUGGUACAGGAGGUUUCAGAUUCACGGAAUGCAUUCUAUGUUGGUGAGGAUGAGAUUGGGGAUGAGACCAUUGAGUCGGAGACAAUAAUUGAUGACGCGGGUGAAUUUCAGUCUUCCGAUGUUCAGGAGGUCACAAUAGGGAUGGAAGAGAAUGAGGAUGACCGCAUGAGUCUGUCAUCCUUGAGUAGUGGAGAAGAGAAAUUAGAACUCAAUGUGCCGAAUCAGCACAAACAACCUCCACCUUUUGACCCCUCAGUGCCGCCACCUAAUUUAAGUGCUAGUUUUAACCAACAAACAAAUACAUUGAAUCCAUUAAUGCCUGACUUUGGUCAGCGGACUCAGGGAUUCAACGAGUCGUGGGGCUCUAGUAAUAAUCUAAACACUAGCUUCAAUAGUGAUACUUCGGCAAAUCUGUCGAACUCCUUCAUGGAUGGUGGUUUCCAGGGACCUUUGAUAACACUGGAUGAUCUCAAAGAUCCGCAUGAUGGGUCGUUUUAUGGUGUUCUCAAUAAGAUCAUUACCGAACUAAAGGUUGUGAUGAAAAAGGACUUGUGUAAGAAAAUGGUUGAAGUGUCUGCAUUCAAAUCUUUGGAGUCCUGGUGGGAUGACGCCCAGGACCGAGCUAAGUUCCAAGCGAUUGUGAAGCCUGCUAGUGUACUUGACAAGCCAAAGACAGAAGUUGCCCCAAAACAAGACAUUACUGCAACUCUGUCAUCGCUGUUUGAGAAGCAGAGCCCUUGGAGUUCGGAGGGAGGUGCACUGGGAGCCUUGUCGAGUGGAAUGGGUCUUGGUGGCCGUGGUGGACUGCUGGGAAUCCGAAGUUCCAUGCCAAAACUGCCAUCCUUUAGAGUACCUAAAAAGUUCCGCCCUCCAUCGCCUGAGCCUGAUGAAGAUGACUAUUUCCGGCGUCCUAGGACGCCAGUGGAGGAAUGGGAAUCAGAUUCUGAGAAGGCCUCCACAUCAACAAAGGAGUCCAGUAAAAAGGCCAAGAAGAGGGAGCGGGCAUUUAUCUACAGUAGCAGCAGUAGUGAAGAUGAGAAGUCUGACUCUGAAGACGAAGAAAGUGAAGACGAAUCGGAAGAAGAGUCAGAAGAGGGUAGCGGUGAGAGUAGUGGUGAGGAGAGUGAGGAUGAGAGUUCUGAUAGUUCUGAUGAGGAAUCAUCUGAUGAAGAACAAGAACCAAAGACAAAAGAAGUGUCACCUGACAAAGAGAUCAUUGAUGUUGAAAGCACAGAUGAUGAUGCUUUUGCAAAGACCAAGAUGCAUGUGGAUGAGGUGCAUGCCCCUGGUGAAAGUGGUGAUUGGUCAUCAAGUGAAUCAGAAGAGGGGGAGGUCAAGUCUGAUGAUGAGGAAGACAAGCGUCUAUCUCCAAUACGUGAAGAGCCAGAGUUGUUGGUAGAGGAGAAAGUCAAAGCCCCGGAGAAGAAAGGUCCUACAGAGUACGAGUUGGAGAAGAUGCGUAGACAAGAAGACAAACGGAAAGCAAGAGAAGCGGAACAGGAGAGGAAGAGGCAGGAGAAGGAAACUCAGAGACUGGAGAAGAUCGCAAAACGCGAGGCCAAGAAAGCUGAGAAAGAAGCUGAGAAGAUCAGGCUGAAAGCUCGGGCGGAGGAACGGAAGCGACAACGUGAAGUUAAUAACCAAUUUAACAUCGAACACAAUUACUUUGCACGUCCACCGGAUGAUAUGGAUACAAGUUAUGGUCGGAAGACAGAUGAAAAUAUGUCUGGUGCAUCAGAUUCGGAGGCGACAGACGAUGCUGAGGAAGUGCCAGUGAUAGAUGUGGAUGAGCCACCGGCAUUCUUGAUGGAUCAUUUCUACUGUCGUAUCGAGACGAUGAAAAGGUUGGCUAGUAUGGUGAAUCGACCAAGGGUGCUGCCAAUGAAGAAGGGAGGCGAGUUAGAUAUCGACAAGAUAGCGGAACAGAUUCAUAACGAAUUGAUGGAAGCUGCAGCCGAGGAGGACAAAGUUGCAAAGACACAACAACUGAAAUUGGCAUUGGAGGAGGAAAAGAAAAGGACGAAGGCAGAAUUGAAGAAAGAGAAAGCUAUGGAGAAGAAACGAUUGAAGGAUAUUACAACAUCUGUGAGGUCAAAGGUCAAUCGGGAACUUGCUGCAAUUCUAGAAGAUGUCGUUCCGACAAAGCCAAAGCCACGACCAACAUAUGAACCCAGGGAUUUGGAUGCUCAUAAUGAAAUCAUGUAUGAAAUAUUUGGAAGAGGUAUUGACAUCGAGGACAUCAAUUAUCUGAAACGAACAUAUGAACAGAUGUUAGCCGAUGACAAGGAGGAGAACUACUGGUUGAAUGAAGUCCAUUGGGUUGAUCAUGCAUUCACCAACAUUCCUGAUCCAGUGCCUCCCAAGAAGAGGAAGAAAUCGCAUGCAGAUGAGCUACCGUUUAAAAUACAUGCUGCUGGUUGUGCAAGGACUGAGGGUUACUACAAGAUCAGCAUGCAGGAGAAAGCGUCUUACUUGUGGCAUUAUAAACAUACCUUGGAAAGGGAUCAACUUCAGGAAGAAAUGGAGAAAACGGAUUCUAAGUGCAAGAAGUCGGUACAACAACUUUCAAGAGAGGCUCGUUCCAACCAGAGACGGUUGCUCACCUCCUUUGCUGAUAUUCUCGACAGUGACAGGGGAGACCUACUCAAGUUUAACCAACUCAAGUUCCGUAAGAAGCAGCUGAAGUUUGCCAAGAGUAUGAUCCAUGAUUGGGGUCUAUUUGCCCUGGAACCAAUUGCUGCUGAAGAGAUGGUGAUUGAGUAUGUUGGGCAGAGCAUCCGGGCAUCAAUGGCUGAUGAGCGCGAGAAGAAUUACGAAAAGAUAGGAAUCGGAAGCAGCUAUCUGUUCAGGGUCGAUGGAGAGACUAUUAUCGAUGCCACGAAAUGUGGCAAUCUGGCACGAUUUAUCAACCACUGCUGUAAUCCAAAUUGUUAUGCGAAGGUUAUCACCGUGGAGCAACAAAAGAAAAUUGUCAUUUAUUCCAAGAGAGACAUUGAUGUAAAUGAGGAAAUCACAUACGAUUAUAAAUUCCCAUUGGAGGAUGAAAAGAUCCCUUGCCUUUGUGGUGCCCAGGGUUGCAGAGGAACACUCAACUGAGAAACUUACCAGUUAGGUGUUAUUACUGCCGGCUUGGAUCGAAGUUAAGUUCCUCAGCCCUGACUGGAUCUAGGAUUGGGUAACAUGGACUCAAUUCUUUACAAGAGGGAUAUUUUAAAGUUCAUAGACAAGGACUAUGUUCAUAUCAUGGAUCUUUAAAAUGGUUCUGAGUGCUCAAACUUCCCUACAGGAGGCAGGGCAACCUAUAAUUGUACACAGAAACUGAAUAAAACUUACUUCAACUCUGGAUAUAUUGAUGCCAUGUGGUUGCUGGAAGAUUGAAAACUUCCAUGGUGCUCUCAAUUUGCAUAUGUUCGAUUUACUUCAGUUCCAGUUUGUAAAUAUCUAUCGGUCUAUUGGUACAUGUGUACUAAUGAACAAUGUGUUUCAAUCACUUCUGCUUACUCAAAGAAACAUUUAGCAUUUCUCAAAACAUCUGGGUACAAAUUCAGAAAACGAACUCCAUCACAACUCUAGCUCAUGUAACACUGCAUUGUACAUCUUCCAGCGGAAGCUCAUGUGAUGCAGGAAGUGAUUGAAGUAGAAAUUGAAUUGUCCAGCAAAUUGCUCUGCGUCACCAAAAUGUUUGUGCCCUCAUGCAUGUUUUGACUAUGUGCAUGUUGUCGAUUCCAAGCUACUGCAUGUAUACAAAGAACAAUUUAUUUUUCAACAGGGCACAUUGAUAUUUUGUUGUCUUUUAACAGUGAUGUACAUAUAUAUUCAAAAUGGGUGAAGUUCAGAAAAAAAUAUUUAGGUCGUUUGUUCGGAUAUACUCAUCAUUCUGGUUAAAGUUGCGUGAAGUAUUAUUGGAUUGAAGUUUCUUACAAAUCAUUUAAGAACUCAAUAUUAGUUAGGGGCCAUUUCUGGACAAGAUGGCCUUUUCGUUGAUACUGAAAAUUUUUGGUAAUAUGGAGUGGGUGUCAUUCAGGUUAAUAUUAUUGUGACACGAAAACAUAUCAAGCAUGCGAGAGUACAUGCCUCCCAACUUCAUCAGCUUUGUAUGUGAUUUGGUCAAGUCCAAGUCCAAUGCCAGAAAUGGUAUUACAGAGGUUUGGCACCGUCCCAACUUCCUCUACCGCUAUGCAGGGGUUCCGCUAGGAAGGCUGCCAACUGGGCAGUAUUCAGUCCGAAAAUUGGUCGAAAUUUGUAAAAUGGUACUGAAAGUCACUGAUCCAUUAGAAAUACUGAAGGCGGCUUGCAAAAAUACUGAAUCUAUUGAAAAUAUUAACUUUAUAGUUCCUGAUAGCCCACAAAGAGGGUUGGCAGCCUCAUGUCACUUUAACAACAUGUUCUCGGCUUUUGUGAGUCAAGCUUAUCCUUCUUUCCGGAAUCCCAUGUCUUGACAAUGAGUAUACAUGCAAGUUGGAGUGGGGACAGUGCAUUGUCUCUUUUAUUGGUUGACAGCCUGACACAGCACACUGUGAUGUGCUACAUGUAUGGGCUGCAUAUUUCUUAAGAUUCUCGCAUAACAAUUUGUAUGAUAGUUUUUAAAACUACAUGUAUGAUUGUUUAAAUUUGGCAAUUGUUGAUGAAGGCUAUUUGAUUAAGCCACUAUACUCCUUUAAAAGAGUUCAGUCAUUAAUGCUUGGCUGACACAUAUUGUCUGCGUACAUGUCCAUGUACAUGUGUAUGUCUGUUGAUGUAGAUCAGCUUUUGUGUAGUAGAGAGCAUGUUUGUUCUUUUCUUGCCUCCUUUGUGAAUUUCCCACCGCCAGUGGAUAUUCUUGCUCAACUCAGUAAACAGAUCAUGCUAGAACCUGAUGAAUGGUGUACAUGUACAUGUAGUACAUGUAUCUGUCUCGUAAGAAGUUUUAUCUCUGCACUGCUAGUUUCUAUUGUAAAUUUCAAUAUCGGUUUGGGGGUCGUUGGCUUCUCUGUACGCGACCAUCAGCGACCAUUGUUAAUUUCUCCGCCAGUGCGUAACACCAUGGUGGUGCGGAAAUUGACAAGAAUUUGGUUUAUUCUCUUUGGGCUUCUGAAAGUUCCUUGGCAUUAAUACAUGUAGACUGAUUUUCCUCUGUAUAUUGACGAAGUACUUGUAUCUGUUUGUGCUGUGUUUUAGAAGUUGCAUGUGUAUAUUAUUGAAGCAAUACCUUUGAAAACUGUAAAUACUGUUAUUUUGAGUAUUAUACCAUUGUUGUUGGUGUAUGAUGUGAUUCAAGAUACUAGUUUGUUGGUUUUGUAGAUAUAGUUGUGGGCUUUCUGAUGGACAUGGCUAAGCUUGUCCUGUGUACAUUCUCCUAUGUAUUGCAUCCAGACACUGUGUAACUGUUGUAGAGUAGACAUGUACAUGCUGGUACACAUCUCAUGUUUUAUACAUUGGCACGGACAAGAUAGAGAUGUAUCUUUGGCUUGUAAUACUGUAUUCGUUUGUAAAUAAAUUACAAUUAGUGAACUGAUGUAAA